AUGACAGGUACUCUGACAGUGGCAUCUAGAGUGACAGCAUAUGGCUAUGCAGCUUGUACAGAGUACACGGGCAACCCUGGUCACAUCGGGAAGUACUUCAUUGCAAAUAAGACUAUUUCAGAACCUCAUGGGAAUGAUAACAUGUACGACAGUAAGACAGCCAGAAAGCCAAUGAGGGAGCUCUACUGGCGAGGCGCUCCUCAAGUCGGAGAUGCUUGCCCCUAUCAGCAGGCGCCUUUUACAAGACGUACGCUGCGCCCACGCCCUGCCCCUCUACACCCCCUCCUCCGUGUCCCCGCCCCCCCGAGGGAGGGGGCCAGGCGGUUACUCGCUGCGCUGGAGGGGAGCGGGGGCCGGGCUCCUGCUUGGCUCGGGUGUUACGCGCCCGCUGAGUCGAGCGGUCGCCCCUCCCGUGGGACACGGCUGCCCAGAGCAGGUCUAUAUGAGCUGUUGGCUGCUCUGCCAGCCCAACUGCAGCCACAUGUGGAUAGCCAGGAAGACCUGACCUUCCUCUGGGAUAUGUUUGGUGAAAAAAGCCUGCAUUCACUGGUAAAGAUUCAUGAGAAGCUGCACAACUAUGAGAAGCAGAACCCCAGGCCCGUCCUCCCGGGCGCGGCAGUCCUGGCCGAUGACCUGGCUGAAGAGCUUCAGAACAAGCCAUUAAACAGUGAGAUCAGAGAGCUGUUGAAACUACUGUCAAAACCCAAUGUGAAGGCUUUGCUGUCUGUACAUGACACUGUGGCUCAGAAGAAUUAUGAUCCUGUAUUGCCUCCUAUGCCUGAUGAUAUUGAUGAUGAGGAAGAUUCUGUAAAAAUCAUCCGUCUGGUCAAAAAUAGAGAACCACUGGGAGCCACCAUUAAGAAAGACGAACAGACUGGGGCAAUCAUUGUGGCUCGGAUCAUGAGAGGAGGAGCCGCAGACAGAAGUGGUCUUAUUCAUGUUGGUGAUGAGCUUAGGGAAGUGAAUGGGAUACCAGUUGAGGACAAAAGGCCUGAGGAAGUCAUUCAGAUUUUGGCUCAGUCUCAGGGAGCAAUUACAUUUAAGGUUAUUCCCAGUAUCAAAGAGGAGACAGCAUCUAAAGAAGGCAAGAUGUUUAUCAAAGCCCUCUUUGACUAUGACCCUAAUGAGGACAAAGCGAUUCCAUGUAAGGAAGCUGGGCUUUCUUUCAAAAAAGGAGAUAUUCUGCAGAUUAUGAGUCAAGAUGAUGCAACAUGGUGGCAAGCAAAGCAUGAAGGUGCUGCCAAUCCCAGAGCAGGCUUGAUUCCCUCAAAGCAUUUCCAGGAAAGGAGAUUGGCUCUGAGACAACCAGAAAUAUUAGUUCAGCCCCUGAAAGUUUCCAACAGGAAAUCAUAUGAGGAAACAGUUGAGUGUGAGGAAUUUAAAGAAGAUGCUGAAUGUGCUGCUAACAACAGUGAGGCCCAUAUAGCUGGUUUUAGAAGAAGUUUCCGUCUUAGUAGAAAAGAUAAGAAAACAAAUAAAUCCAUGUAUGAAUGCAAGAAGAGUGAGCAGUAUGAUACUGCAGACGUACCCACAUAUGAGGAAGUGACACCCUAUCGGCGGCAAACCAACGAGAAAUACAGACUUGUUGUCUUGGUUGGUCCUGUAGGAGUAGGUUUGAAUGAACUGAAACGAAAGCUGCUCCUCAGUGACGCACAGCACUAUGGUGUGACAGUGCCCCACACUACCAGAGCAAGAAGAAGCCAGGAGAGUGAUGGUGUGGAGUAUAUUUUCAUUUCCAAGCAUUUGUUUGAGACAGAUGUGCAAAAUAACAAGUUUAUUGAAUAUGGUGAAUAUAAAAACAACUACUAUGGUACAAGUAUAGACUCAGUUCGGUCUGUCCUGGCGAAAAACAAAGUCUGCCUGUUGGAUGUUCAGCCUCAUACAGUGAAGCAUUUAAGGACACUAGAAUUUAAGCCCUAUGUGAUAUUUAUAAAGCCUCCAUCAAUAGACCGUUUGAGAGAGACAAGAAAACAUGCAAAGAUUAUUUCAAGCAGAGAUGACCAAGGUGCUGCAAAGCCCUUUAUGGAAGAAGACUUUCAAGAAAUGAUUAAAUCUGCACAGAUAAUGGAAAGUCAGUACGGUCAUCUUUUUGACAAAAUUAUAGUCAAUGAUGACCUUACCAUGGCAUUCAAUGAGCUAAAAACAACUUUUGACAAAUUAGAGACAGAUAUCCAUUGGGUUCCAGUGAACUGGUUGCAUUCAUAAGUAAGGGAAAUCUCCACAGCAUCUUUCUGUAGAGUGCAUGGUUGAAUCAGUUACCAUUUUGGUGGUAGGGCUUUUUAAAUCUCUCUUGCUGUUAUAGAUGUGCAAUCUUGGUUAAAAUUGAAUGUUGGUUCUCUUUUGUAUCAUUUUACAACCUUAUUUCAAACAGUGUUUGAGUAUAAGAUCCAAAAUCAAAAUUUACACACUGUAUUCUGAGCAAAGCUCUGCAUCAUCUGGUUUCCUUAAUAGAUAGCUCUAUCUCCAAGAUGGAGUUGUACUUUUCAGAGAGACAUAUAUUGGAGUUCAGGGCUUCAGGUCUCAGGCAUGGUCCCCUCCAUCCAGUCUGCAGGGCAGCAGGUGAUGCCAUUAGCAGCCAUGACCCAUCCCAAACAUGGCAGCUUUCUGUGUUUCAGGUAGACCAUCACCAGUUCUCCUGGGGUUGCAGUAAGAUGGAGUCUGAUUAUUCUAAUAAGUGCAGUCUUUUUUCUUAGGUAUGCACAAUAUAUUCACAGUGGAUGCAUUUAAAAAUCUUUCUUAAAGGAAUUACUGAAAACUUGCCUUAGUGAGUGGCCUUUGUGCUACAACUUGAGAAGACGACAGUAGCACUUAUAAGUGACUCAAAUAUUUAAUAAGGGAAGACAGACUUCUUAUAUAUUUAACUAAAAAGCCUUCUUUACAGCAUUCAUCUUAGUAAGAAUGGCCAAAUCUUGGGAAAAUAAUUACAAAAGACAUUUUUAUUAUAAAUCCUCAGACCACAUUUUAGAGUCACCAAAAAGGUUGUUUUAGCUGGUUUUGGAUUUUCACAAUAAAUUAUAAGAAUGUGAUUCUUGUUCUAAAAAGUACAUGUCUUAUAAGUUACAGUUAAGGAAAAUGUGAUCAUUUUUCAAAUAUGCACUAAGAUGUAUUUUAGAAAACUUUUCUAAAUGUAAUAUCAACUUAUUUUUUCAUCAUCAAAAUAAUUGGCCAGAUAUCCUAAUCUUGCCAUUUUUAAAUAAGUGUAAGAGAGACUCUUACAUUUUACGUAUUUAGGUGGAAUCUCUCAUUUUUCCUUGAUACUACUGAUCUUCAGCAAAUACUAGAAAUGUCCCAAGUUGUGUAAGAGAGAAUAUGUCCUGCCAGUCAGAAGUCAUUGCAUUUGAGAAUUUAGAUGUCAUAUUUAAGGAAAAAUAGAAUGUAGUAAAAUUUUAUAUAUUUAUGAAAUAUUUAAAAGGCAUAUUUUUUAAAUUAUCAAAUGGGGCUGUUCAUAAAAUAAAUUGUAUGUAGAGAUGUCAUAAUUUAACAUAAUAGUUUUAUAAGUCAAGGUCAACAUUCCAUGUAAAUAUUUGACCUGUAUUUGAACACAGGUCCCCAUGAGUGUCAUCUGUGUGUGCACUGCAUGUCCGAAGGCAUUAUCCACUGAAUUUCUUUCACACAUUUCAUAUUAGAAACAAAAACUCCUGCAAUGGCCUUGAUACCCACAUACAUCAAAAGAGAGAAAGUCUGUUUUAAGUAUGGCUUUAAUAUCAGAUUUGACAACCCUCUUUCCCACCUUGUUUUUCAAGUUGUGUGGCUGGCCUAAGAAAAUACAAAUCUUAGUUUGGGUAGAAUAUUUUUCUCUUUGAAUAUUGAUUGAAAUUUCCUAUGAAUCAAGAUUUCCUGUUCAAAGAGUAACAAGAAAUGUAGGAUGAUUUAGGCAGUCCAAAUUCUUUGUUCUGAAUACCUGCAUGAAUUCUUUAUUCUGGGGGUAGAAAGUGUAAAGUGGUAGAAACUGAGUCCUUUUGUUGUUAGCAGUGAUGAAAGUGUUAUACAAAAACUGUCCAGACCUUUCUUUCUUUUUACAAUAGACCUGAACAAUAUUUUUAAAUAAUGAAAAGGGGCGCUGAAGCAGUUUGAGAAACCUUUUAUCCGGUAGAAUAUAUAAUGUUGCAAGUAACAUUUACAUGACCAUCUUGAUGCCUGGAGAUCAAUUUAAUGAUCAGAGUUAAAAUUUAAUGAGUCAGUGACCUCCAGGGCUUUGUUGGUAACUGUAGGCCCCCUCGCCCCCAGGGAAGGCUCACACUAUGCUUCUCCCUCUACUAGUUCUUCAGGCAGCCUGCUGCCAAGACAGGGUGUCAAUACUAUUUGAGUGAAGAGGAAUGUUUAUAUUUUUAAGUUCCAUAUAUUUAAAAUCCAAGAUCAAGAAGGAAACUUUGUAUUCCCAUGGCUAACAAAUUAGAAUCAAUUAAAAAUUAAAAAAAUGAAAUUGACAUAUAAUUUUUUACUUACCAAGACACACGUUCUUGAUAUUUUUAAGGCUGACAUUCCUUGUAUUGUGUAUUGAUGAGAUGUGCCUAAAUUGUAGUAAUUUGAUAGGCAUAUAAACUCAGAUUUAUAAAACUGUUAAAAGCUUCCUGAAGAUAGAGUUUAUUAUUUAUAUGGUAAGGAUUUAUAAAUAAAUGUAAUGGAAAACCUCUGAUCUUAAUAAAGAACCUUCAAAUGA